CACCUUUUACCCGUGCGGGAAACGGGAACGCCGGUCCCUCUGCUCCUGCAGAUCUCCUCCUUUGUGGCGCGCGAGAUCGUACCCCCAACGACACGUGCGCUCGAGAUGGAGCCUCCCUUCCAUGCAAGCCCAACUUCUCACUUUCGUCUUCGCCUCGUCUUCUUCAUCACCACCACCACCACCACCUCCUCCAGAUUCACACCCGUCCCCCGAUCUCUCUCUCUAUGAACAUCCGCUGCUGCUGCUGCUCCUCCUCCCCUCCCAUGGACCCUCCUUCCUAACCGUCCGAUUCUCCUUUCCACCCCCACUCGAUGAUCGUCGCUAGAUCGCGGCCCCACGCUCCUCCUCCUCCUCCUCCGGCCGUCCUCUCUCUCGCCCGCCGCGCUCCUCCCCAUGGUCAGGGACUCGGCCAAGCCUCCCCAGCCCCCCGCCCCCCGCCGCGGCCUCGUCGCCGGCAACUACUGCCACGACGUCCUCUUCCGGGACGGCGCCGCCGUGGCCGAGUCCCUCGGCGGCGCCGUCUCCUUCAUCGCCGCCGUCCUCGACGGCCUCUCGAUCCCCUUCGACCUGGUGUCGAAGGUCGGUCGGGAUUUCAAGUACGCGACCGCUCGCCGCCCGAUCGCGGCGCCCGAUCGCGAGACCACUCUCUUCCACGCCUACUUCGAUUCCGGCUCGGGGGAGGAGGACGGGCGCGAGGACCGCGUCCUGAAGCGGGUCUGCUCUUGCGACCCGAUUGCGCCUUCGGAUCUCCCCGAAGGGAAAUUUGAUUUUGGGAUGGCGGUUGGGGUUGGGGGCGAGAUAUUGGUGGAGACGUUGGAGAGAAUGAUUGAGAUUUGUGAGGUGGUGCUUGUAGAUAUUCAGGCCCUGAUUCGGGUCUUCGACGGUGUUGAUGGAACAGUGAGGCUUGUGGAGUUGAAGGAGAGUGGGUUUUAUCAUCUCUUGCCUCGAAUUGGGUUCAUAAAGGCAUCGUCCGAAGAAGUGGCUUAUAUGGACGUGGAGGAGGUGAGGAAUUGGUGCUGCGUCGUGGUCACGAAUGGGAAGAAUGGGUGUACUUUGUACUGGAGAGAUGGAGAGAUGAAGAUUGAACCCUUUGUCGCUAGUGAGGUUGAUCCAACGGGUGCUGGUGAUAGCUUUUUGGGUGGCUUAGUUGCUGGGCUUGUGCAGGGACUGACAGUUCCUGAUGCAGCUCUUUUGGGGAAUUUCUUCGGUUCAUUGACGGUUGCGCAAGUUGGGCUUCCCAAAUAUGAGUUGACACUCUUGCAGGGUGUCAAGGAUGAAGUAGAAAGGCAGAAGAUGCAGUGUGUGCAUAGUCUUAAUGGAAUAAAUAUUGAGCCGAAGUUUCUGAAGCCAGCAGGACAUGAUCAGUUCCAUGCAUCCCUUAGUGCGUUGAAACUUCAAUUCAAGUACCCUAUCCACGAUUGUCCGAGGGAGCUGUCAAGUCCUGGCAAAGGAACCGAACAUUCCAGCGUACUCUCAGCCUAGAAUUAUUCCAUCUUCCACAACUUCGACUAAUUGAGUUGAGACUAACGUGGCUAAAACAAAGAACCAUUUCUUUUUGAACAGGUGCUUGGUACUAUUUAGUCUGAGACGUUAGAUUACUAACUCUAGCAAUGAGGCCUAAGAGAGACCCGUGGGCUGCGACUAUAUAUUUCCUCGAUAUGGUUGUCAAAAUUGUUCUGAUUGAGAGGCCGCUUGUUGUCUAGGUUAUCGUCCAAAGUUGUUUUGGGAUAUUACUUACUGCUUCUUUUACCAAGGACACUAUUCAUAUUCUUUUGCUCUAGAAAAUGAGAACUGUCCAGCUUCCCGAGUCCA